AUGUCUGACAUUCCUCCUGAAGCUGUUCCUUCUCCCCGGGACCACCGUGGAAGUGGCUCUCUUCCCAUCCCCAAUGACUCCGGCAACACCGUUGAGAUUCCUGCCACCCGCAGCUCUAUCAGCGAUGCUGCUCAGUACAUGCAUAACCUGAGCUUCACUCCCUCUAGCCGGGACCGCCGGGGUUCUCGUAACUCUUUCGGUACCUCUCUGCCCAUCCCGAGAUCCCCCCGUGUGUCUCGUUUGUCCUCCGUUGUGACUGCCGGAGAGCCCACUGUCUCUCGAGACAUUCUGGCCUCGCAGGUGCAGGACAUGUCCAAGGAGAAGGUGGAGGCUGCUAAGAACAUGGCUUUCGCUUUCGACAUUGACGGUGUCUUGGCCCACGGUAACGACCCCAUUCCCGAGGCCAGAGAAGCCCUUAAGAUGCUCAACGGCGACAACGAGCUGGGCAUCAAGAUCCCCUACAUUCUCUUGACCAACGGUGGUGGUAAGACCGAAGAGGCUCGUUGCGAGCAGCUUUCGCAGAUCCUCGAGGUCCCCGUCUCGACCGACCAGUUCAUUCAGUCCCACACCCCGAUGCAGGCAUUGGCGGAAUACUACGACACCGUCCUGGUUAUUGGUGGUGACGGCCAGAACAUCCGUCCCGCUGCCGAGAACUACGGUUUCAAGAACGUCAUCCACCCCAAGGACAUCCAGGCUUGGGACCCCACCAUCUGCCCCUGGAGUCACAUUACCGAGGAGGAGCGUGCCAUUGCCAAGCCCCGUGACUUCUCCAAGCUCAAGUUCGACGCCAUCUUGGUCUUCAACGAUUCCCGUGACUACCAGCUCGACUUCCAGCUCAUCAUCGACUUGCUGCUUGCCGAGGACGGUCUGUUGCUGACCCGUGCCAAGGACCCUGUUUCCUCGCGCAUUCCCCUCUACUUCUCCCAGGGUGACAUGGUCUUCCCCACCGACCACAAGGGUCCCACCCGUCUGACUCUGGGUGCCUUCCGUAUCGCCCUGGAAGCUCAGUACAAGUCUCUCACCGGUAUCGAGUUGGAGCGUGUCGUCUACGGAAAGCCCGAAACGGCUACCUACACCUACGCCGAUGAGGUCCUCAAGUCCUGGAUGGAGCAGAUUCACAACGAGAACAAGCUCCCAAAGAACAUCUACAUGGUUGGUGACAACCCGGCCUCCGACAUCAUCGGUGGUAACAUGUACGGCUGGAACACUUGCUUGGUCCGCACUGGUGUCUUCCAGGGUGGUGACAACGACCCCAACAACCCGGCCAACUUCGGUGUUUUCCCUCACGUCCUGGAGGCUGUCAAGGCCGCCGUCCGCAAGGAACUCGGUCAGGACUUCAAGUUCAAGUGGAACCCCAAGGUCAACCCUGUUCUUCACGGCGACGGUGGCUCUGCUGUGGAGUAA